UGUUGCGCGUUCCUGAAUCGAGGACAAGCCGGAUUUAUCUUUUCACAUAUCCACUUUUUCGGUCCCCCCUGAUGAUUAGUUAGUUGACACUAAUUACUUCCUACUGGUCUUUUUUUCCUUGAAUGUCUUGUUUUAGCGCCUGUUCAGGUUGGAUUCGAUUUUUUUUUCUUUUCCAUUUUCCCUCUAGUUUUUUUUCGCCUCUACUCUUUUUCACAGCACUCUCUAGGGUUAUCAGGCUUCGCACUCUUUCCCUUCCUAAUCUCCUUCCCUCUUUAUCCCCUUUCAUUCUUUCCUACUAUUGCUCUUCCCUUCUUUGUAGGAAAGUUACCCCGCCAGAUCACUUGCGCGGAUAGUUCGACCCUGCUCUCCCACGUUUUUGCUACUACUACUAUUACUACCACCAUCACCACCACCACAAGACUACUGCGCUCGGCCAAGAGACAUGGCCAUCCUCGACAGAGAAAACCGGCCCCGCGGCCUGCGAGUUCCAUCCUUUGCUCGCAAAGGCUUCAAGCAGAAGUCCGCGGAUUGUGUGCCGGACAAGGAGCCAGAGCCGGUACAAGCACCCGUGACGACGGUAAUCCCACCGCGAACCGACUCGGUUCCUGAUUAUUCGGCUCCUGCUCCGCUGCCUGCCGCCGUGCAGCCACCAUCAUCCGCAUUCAACGCCCCUAUCCAUCAUCAAGAUGACCUCCCACAACCUGCUCCGCCAGCAGGUAACUACACCCCCGCUCCCCGCGCUUAUCAGGCCUAUCGUCCUCCUGCUACUUCAGAGCCUGUGCAAAGCCCUCCGGCAAGGAAGGAAGUUCCAUUACCUCCCUUACCUGCCAUCCAACGCCCGGAUGCCGAAGAGCCAUUGGAAGACUUCAUCCCAGAACCCGAGCCGGAAUUGGACGACACUGGCGCACCUAUCGAGCCUGUGUCCAGUGAAGAAAACAAUGGCCCAUGGACGCCUCCUGAUAUUGAGCCUGUCGCGGCACCGCUGAACAAAUUGCACUUUGCCUGCUACCAGGACCAUCGGUCCAUGCCCCCUGCCAACAAUGUCUGGCAUGCUGUUCCCUGCAUGGCCUGCCAGAAGUUCGACCGCGAUGUUCGAUACCGGUGUGUCUUUUGCUGCUUGCGCAUCUGUACCGGCUGUUUCCAGACCCUGCAGACGAUCCCACGUCGCUCGUUGGCACAGCUAAUGGAGUCAAUUCCUGCGGCCAAAGCCUGAGGCCAUUCCAUCCUGCUUCUUGAUGUUCCUUUUCCCGCUUUUCACUCUUCUACAUCAGCAUGAAACGGUGCUGUUUCUUUUCAUCCUGCCUCUCCUCUGUGGCAAUUCCUGAAUCCCGGUGACUGCUCCGAGCACUGCAGCAGUUGUCACCGGUGUACGCUUGAUGGCUAAUGGCGCAUUGACUGAUACCACCGAAAUUUCUUUCCUAUCAACUGCCUGGCGAUGUUGCGUCCAUCGUCUGUCUCUCAGCCCUCGACUUUUCCGUCAUUCACUAUAUAUGCGAUCCCGAUCCUGGCGAUUGGGCCUGAAUGGUACCCCAUGUAAUGUUAGGCAUAUGUUCUGCAUGAUACGAUAAUUAUAGCUAGUCUAAUUCUUCACAACCAACGAUUGAGAUAGA